AUGUUGGAGCACCUCUCGAGACUAAUCACCUCAUAUAAUAUCCCAGUGUACUAUGUUGGAGCAACCACUCAUAUUCGCCAGGUCAAGUUAUGUGUCCAUGGUUUCGACCCUGUUACUACUAAAAACCUACAUUUUCAUGAAUUUCCUACACCACCUUUUGAAAACCCCCCUCCAAAUCCAAAUGCUUCUCAUAAAUUUCCUAACCAUAUGAUCCCUUUACUUUAUGCAACAAUCCAUUUCCGUGAGCCAGUGUGCUCUCUUGUAAACCAACUCUUAGGCGCCAAUCAUCGGAGAGUGAUUGUUAUUUAUGAUUCUCUGAUGACUUGGGUGUUGGAGGAUAUACCAGCAAUUCCAAAUGCCGAGUGCUACCGUUUUAAUGGUUUCUCAGCUUUCUAUAUGUUUUCAUCCUAUUGGGAAACCAAAGGAAAACCUUUCCAACCCGAAACUGAGAUAUUUGAGGACAUUAUAUCAAGCGAAAACUGUGCUACCCCAGAGUUAUGGGAAUUGUGGAAUAAACAAGGAGCCCUUGAAGGGAAAAUUUGCUCUGGAGAACUUUACAAUACAUCCAGA